CCUAAAGCUUUCGAUCAGCUGGUGGCAAUCACAUCCACAAAAGCUUUCAGUCGAUCGACGGCAGCUGCUAAAAUCGCUUAGUUUACUCUGAUUUCUUUGAGUCUGCUAUAUCCCGGCUCCACAAUGAGCGGUCUGGUGAGGAGCGACACGGAGGACUUCAUCGACUGGUGGCAGCACACGGUCUUCUACCAGAUCUACCCGAGGUCCUUCAAGGACAGCAAUGGCGAUGGCAUCGGCGAUUUGCGGGGGAUCACCUCCAUGUUGCCCUACUUGGCCGAAACCGGCAUUACGGCCACCUGGCUGAGUCCCAUUUUCCAGUCGCCCAUGGUCGACUUCGGUUACGAUAUAUCAGACUACACGGAGAUUCAGCCGGAAUACGGCACUAUGCAGGACUUUGAGGAGCUCAUCGACACGGCCUACGACUUGGGCAUCAAGGUUAUCCUGGACUUUGUGCCCAAUCACAGCUCGGAUCAGCAUGAGUGGUUCAAGAAGUCUGCUGCCAGGAUGCCGGGAUACGAGGAUUUCUAUGUGUGGGAAGAUGGCAUCCUAAAGGAGGAUGGAACCCGUGCUCCGCCCAACAACUGGCCUUCGGUUUUCUAUGGUUCUGCUUGGGAGUGGCACGAGGGUCGCCAGCAAUACUACCUACAUCAGUUCACCAAGGAGCAGCCGGACUUGAACUACCGCAAUCCCAAAGUGGUUCAGGCCAUGGACGACGUUAUACUGUUCUGGUUGAACAAAGGCGUUGCUGGCUUUCGCAUUGAUGCAGUGAAUCAUCUCUUUGAGGAUGAAUCUCUUAUGGACGAGCCAUUGAGCGGCAAGUCCACGGACCCGCUCUCCUACGACUACACCAAACACAUCUACUCCAGGGACCUGCCCGAGGUCCUGGAUUUGAUUCAGCAUUGGCGGAAACUUCUGGACGACUUCAGUGCCAAGCACCCGCAGAGACCCACACGCAUCAUGAUGACGGAGGCGUACGCCGGACUCACCCAACUGGCAGACUACUACGAGGAUUCCGAGGGGGUUCGGGGCUCCCAUCUGCCCUUCAACUUCCACUUUAUCACGGAUGUCAAAGGCGACUCGGAUGCGCGUGACUUUGUCUACAACGUGGAGAAGUGGCUGAUCUACAUGCCGCGCGGGCACGCGGCCAACUGGGUCAUGGGCAACCACGACAACCCCCGAGUCGCCUCCAGAUUCGGUUCCGCCAGCGUGGACGCCAUGAACAUGCUGCUGCUCACCCUGCCCGGCGUCGCCGUCACCUACAAUGGCGAGGAGCUGGGCAUGGAGGACUACCGGGAAAUAAGCUGGCAGGAUACGGUGGAUCCGCCGGCCAGGAAUGUGGGAGAGGAGCUCUACAAGGAGGUCUCCCGGGACCCGGUCCGCACGCCUUUCCAGUGGAGCAACAAGAAAAAUGCGGGCUUUUCCAGUGCCCCCAAAACCUGGCUGCCCGUUCACCCCAAUUAUCUCGAACUCAACCUGGAGGCCCAGAUGGCAGCCAACAAGAGCCAUUAUCAGGUCUACAAGGACCUUAUUGAUCUGCGAAAGUCGGCCAUUAUGCGUUUGGGCCGCUUCAACAUUGAAGCAAUUUCUCGUUGGGUCUUUGCCUUCAAGCGGUCCUAUCCCAAUUUUGAGACGAUAAUUACCAUCAUUAAUGUGAGCGACAAGGAACAGUUGGUGAAUCUCACGGAGUUUAUCAACCAGCCCAAGAAACUGGUUGUUGAAGUUUCCGGAGUAAAUUCCAAUUAUCAUUCUGGUCAAUCCCUCGCCGCAAGUGCAUUGUCCCUGGGCGCCCGCGAAGGUCUCGUCUGUCGGCUGGUCUAGCCGGACCGGGAUUAGAGGAAUUACUACCCACGAUGGCGGCACUCUCUGCCCUUUAAUUGCAUUUCCAGUUCAAAAUGUCACGCGAUUGAAUACAAAAUGGGUGAAAAUUAAUGACCGUA